CUUUCUUUUCGAAGCAAACCACAUUUUCAUUCUAAAAUGAAAGGUCUGAAGCAAAGCAGGUUGAAAUUGAUGUGAGAAAUGAUGGAAUCUUCAUUCGAUUUUACUUUAGGGAUAUUUGGUCUGAUUUAGAAAAAUUAUUAUUUUAAUAACGGUUUCAGUUACAACGAAUUGGAGUACGCCAUUCGAUAGAGCUCGUCAAGUUGCAUCAGGAACAGUCUUUUGACUAAUUGUAGAUUCAUCUAUUAAUGAUCACCCAGGUGAUCAGAAAGGUUAACCGUUUUAAAGAAGAGAAAGCGUUCCACAAGUGGCAGAAUGCGUUCUUCACUGUUCCAUUUCGAAACGACCAAGAACACCUUCUUAGAAUGAUAGAAUACGUUCUAGUUCGUUUCAUUUGAGAACGGUUUCCAUUUGUUGUGGAACGUUUUCUUUUCUUAAAAAAAGAGCUUCAGUUCUUUUGGAACGCAUUCUUUACCGUUCUUUUUUAGUAAUAUUUUUCACUGGGUUGGCUUAUGAUAAUUUUUCUGCAUUUACUCUGUGUUUUAUUCAUUUAUUUAAUAUUCAUGAAAUAAAAGAUCAAUAUUUUUUUAUCACUUCACUAAAUAAUUUCUUUAAUUGAGUCUUUCUGUCAAUAGAUAAAUUAUUUAUAACAAUAAUUGUUUAUCCAGUCGUUUUUGUUGUACUCAUCAUAGUGUGAAUAUUAUGUUUUUCUGAAGGCGAAAUAAAACACUUCUAUUCACAUCUGAACUAAACUUUGCUCCUGGAGUUUGUUGUGUACGAUAAGAGUCAAAUAUUUACUGAAUCUCAUUACUAAAAAAAACGUUCUACUUUAUCUCUUGAUUCAGUGGACAGCAUGAUACUUUAUAAACACACAUUCUGCAUAAUCUAGUCCAACGGGAACAGAUUAACGAUGACAACAAACAGUCAUCUAUAUAUUACUGUUGUUCGAUUUAAUUUUAUUAGCAGUUGAUUGACGAAUGAGAAACAUUGAUGUGUGAAUCAUUAGCAGAAAUAAAGAAUUUAACAUAAUAGACGAACUUGGCAUUUAAUUUCUUCCAUAAUGAACAAAAAUCGAAUCUUUUUUGCUAACAUUUUUAUUAUAAUAGAUGAGUGAUGAAGAAUGGAUAACAGUGGGAAGAAAAGAGAAAAGAAAAAGCUCAAAAUCAUCGUCAAAGAAAGCUGAGUCAUCAUCAACACCACCACCGCCACCACCAUCAUCAUUAUCAGUAACUUUAGUGACAUCGACACCAAAAACAAUCACAACCGAAACCACUCAAUGCGAAUUUACAAACAAUGUAUUAUGA